AUGUCCGACAGCGACCUCGCCGCGACAGAGAAGCGAGCCGCCCACGACCUCGCGAGCCCGGUCCUUCCGUCUGUCAUAUACAGCAAUGCCUCCAGAUCCAAGGUGCCUCUUCAGCGCCGCCUCAAAGACGCCGCUGUUGCGCUCUACCAGGCGACCGUUGUCGAGCUGAUUCUUCGACAAAAGCACAUCCAGGCAUCCAAGGAUGGCCGCGCCAUUCCUCUGGCCAUUGAGCACGACAAGCCCUUGGUUGACACUCGCCGAGGCCAUGCCUACAUCUCCAACGAUGUCCGCACCUCUCGCUACACGGUCUGGGACUUCAUCCCAAAGCAAUUGAUCUUUCAAUUCUCCCGAGUGGGCAACUUUUACUUUCUCUGCGUUGGUGUUCCUCAAAUGAUACCCGGACUCUCGACAACUGGCUCCUACACAACAAUCCUGCCGCUGCUCUUCUUUGUUUGUUUGACUAUUGUCAAGGAAGGGUACGACGACUACCGACGCCACCGUCUAGACAAGGUCGAGAAUGCCAAUUUCGCAACGGUUCUUGGCCGCGAGGACCUUUUCACAGGCAAGCAGAAGCCAGAGCGCCCCUGGGACCGAUGGAAUCCUUUUCGGACCAAGACAACCGCUGAGCCGCGGCCUGUCCCUGACGAAGAGUUCGAGAGUAUCCGGUGGGUGCCCACGAGAUGGAGCAGCGUCAAAGUCGGUGACGUAGUGCGACUCUCGCGCGACGAGCCCGUGCCCGCCGACCUCAUUCUCCUGCACAGUGACGGCGAAAAUGGCAUGGCAUACAUCGACACCAUGGCCCUCGACGGCGAGACGAACCUCAAGUCGAAGCAGGUGGCACACGACUUCGAGGACUGCGAUACCAUCAAGGGUAUUGCCGCGUGCCAGGCAGAGUUUGUCGUUGAAGAUCCGAAUCCGGAGCUGUUCAACUUUGAUGGCCGCGUCAGCAUCAAUGGCAAGACUGUGCCAUUGACGCUCAACGAAGUCGUCUACCGAGGCAGCGUGCUGCGCAACACCACUUGCGCCAUCGGCAUCGUCAUCAACACCGGAGAGGAGUGCAAGGUUCGCAUGAACUCGAAUCAGCACCCGCGAGCCAAGCGGCCCGCGCUCGAAAAGGUCAACAACAUCAUCGUUCUCACUUUGGCCGCGUACGUCGUCAUCUUGUCCGUUGGCGUUUCGAUGGGCUACAUCCAGUGGAAGAAAGCGUACGAGCACCAUGCUUGGUACCUGCGAGACGCAACCGUGCCGUUCCACGAGAUCAUCAUCGCAUUCAUCAUCAUGUUCAACAACGUCGUACCGCUGGCCCUGUACAUCAGCCUGGAAAUUGUCAAGAUUGGACAACUUCUGCUGCUGAACUCCGAUGUCGGCAUGUACGACGAGGAGACGGACACGCCCGCGCGAUGCAAUACCAACACCAUUUUGGAAAACCUGGGCCAGGUCGGCUACAUCUUCUCGGAUAAAACUGGAACCCUGACGGACAAUGUCAUGAAGUUUCGCAAGAUCAGCGUUGCUGGCACGGUGUGGCUACAUGAGAUGGACUUAGAGCCAGCCGAGCCUGAGGUCUCUCCCGAUCCAGUUCCGGAGGCGCCAAGCUACUUUGCCAGAAAGCAGUCUGUGCACAAGGCCGAGCCGCUCAGCAUCGUUAUUCCAGAGGACGAACCUGAAUCAGCUGUGACCCCCAUGUCGCCGGGCUAUUCCAUGGGAAGGCGGUCAUCUUCACAUUGGCGGUCCACCGGUCGCCCAGACCACGUUCAACCCGAAGUCAAUACCUCGGACCUCCUCGAGUACAUCCGCCUGCGUCCGUACUCGGCAUUCUCGAGAAAGGCCAGAGACUACCUCCUCGCCGUUGCCCUCUGCCAUACCUGUCUGCCUGAAGUGCGCGAUGGCAAGACAGAGUUCCAGGCGUCGUCGCCCGAUGAGCUCGCACUCGUUCGCGCUGCCCAGGAGCUGGGUUAUUCGGUCGUUCAGCGCAACUCAAAGCGUAUCACGCUCCAAGUACCGCAGCCUAGCGGCCAGGUCGAGAAGAUGACCUUUGAGAUCCUCGACGUCAUCGAAUUCAGCAGUGCACGGAAACGAAUGUCGAUCGUUGUCCGCUAUCCUGACGGCCGUGUGUCUGUCAUUUGCAAGGGCGCCGACUCGGCGAUCCUUCCGCGCCUCAAACUAUCCUCGCUGGCAAUGCAGAAGGCGACCGAGGUCCGACAGAGCGCCGAUCUCGAGCGCGAAAUGCUACGGCGCAGUGAGCAGAUGGAGCCCCGGAAUAGCUUCGGUGGCAGGCCAAGCCUCACGAUCAGGCGAAACCCAACUGUGCGCCGUGAGCGGAGCUCGAGCCGGCGUCCAGCUGCCGACAGGAGCAAGUCUUUCGAGAUCCAUAAGCUUGGGCGUGCGUCGGAUGACCGGCCCCGGGUUUCUGUCUCGUCUCCCCGCGGAGUCUCGUUUGACGUGUCCAGGAACCAGUAUCUCAACGCUCCGGCAAACUACCAGUUACCAGUACCCGACCGUUUCGACUUCCUCAACGACCCUUCUAUCAGCGACGAUUCGGAAGUUUUCACCCAAUGCUUCAAGCACCUGGACGAUUUCGCAACGGAGGGUCUGCGGACGCUCUUGUAUGCGCAGAAGUUUGUUUCCGAUCACGAGUAUCGCAUGUGGAAAAAGGCAUAUGACGACGCUACGACAAGCUUGGUCAACCGCCAGGAACUAAUCGAGGCCGCCGGCGAUGUGAUUGAGCAGUCGUUUGACCUUGUUGGCGCUACUGCUAUCGAGGACAAGCUACAGAAAGGCGUGCCCGAGACCAUCGACAGGCUGCGCCGGGCGAACAUCAAGAUUUGGAUGCUCACGGGCGACAAGCGCGAAACGGCAAUCAACAUUGCACACUCUGCACGCAUUUGCCGGCCUGGGUCAGACCUGUUCAUCCUCGACGUCACGAAAAGCCCACUUGAGUGUCAACUGGUGGCCCUUGCUGAGGAUCUACAAGCCGGGUCGACGCACAGCGUGGUUGUCAUUGACGGCCAAACCCUGGGGGCCGUGGAGAAGUCGGAGGCGCUAUCCGAGAAGUUCUACGCCAUCAUGAUUCUCGUCGACUCUGUCAUCUGCUGCAGAGCGUCGCCGGCACAAAAGGCACUGCUGGUGCGCACUGUCCGCUCACAAUUGGGAAGAUUCAAGGGCCGGAAUCGCCAGGGCCUGACUCUGGCCAUUGGCGACGGUGCAAAUGAUUUGGCUAUGAUCCAAGCGAGCCACGUCGGCAUCGGAAUCUCAGGGAAAGAAGGUCUCCAGGCAGCCCGCGUGGCCGAUUACGCCAUUGCCCAGUUUCGCUUCCUCCAGCGGCUGCUCCUGGUCCAUGGUCGGUGGAACUAUGUGCGGACGGCCAAGUUCAUCCUCUGCACGUUCUGGAAAGAAAUGUUCUUUUAUCUCCCGCAAGCCGCGUAUCAGAGAUAUAACGGAUACACGGGCACCUCCCUCUACGAAGCGACGAGUCUCACGGUCUUCAACACGCUCUUCACCAGUCUGUGCACCAUCUGCAUGGGCAUCUGGGAGCAGGACCUCUCCGCGGAGACUCUGCUGGCCGUUCCCGAACUCUACGUCUACGGGCAGCGGAACAUGGGUCUCAACUUUUGGAAAUACGUGCGGUGGAUGGUUCUCGCCGCCACAGAGGGCGUCAUCGUGUGGUUCAGCGUGUGGGCUGCGUACGGCAGCGCCGUGCCGGGAGCCAAGGAUGAGGGGAUCUACGCUCUGGGGACUCUGGUGUUCACCAUCGGGGUCCUGUGGAUCAACUGGAAAUUAUUUAUAUUUGAGACGCAUUACAAGGCCACCCUGGUCAUGGCCUCGUUCUUCGUCACCACCAUCGGGUGGUUCGCAUGGGUCGCCUUCCUCGACGGCGUGUACGGCGCCUCGUCUGGGCCGUACUCGAUCCGCCACACCUUCAGGAACGGCUUCGGGGCGGACGCCCUGUGGUGGGCGACGGUGUUCAUCGUGCUGGGCUUCAUGGGGCUCAUGGAGCUGUGCGGCAAGGCGGCCAAGAGGGGCCUGCUCGUGGCCGGCCUCUGGCGAUGGCCGCCGUGGGGAAAGAACCGGCUCAGCGAGAACGUCGAGGAGUGGGACCUUGAGCUCUGGCAGGAGAUGGAGCAGGACCCCACGAUCCGGGCGAGGCUCAGGCUCCUUGCUCAGGACGAGGAGAGCGCCGAGGAGAAUACCGGCAAGGAUGACGAGGACUCGGAGUGUGAAGAAGAGGACGACGCGGCGGCGCGUGCCUAG